AUGGUGGGCAGUCAAGGGUGCAGCCUGCUGGCAGGGCGGCACUCCUGGAUCGGCGCUGUGGCCCUGGAUCAGUGUUGUGGCCCUGGCCUCCUGGACGACGAAGUGGUUCUGCAGAGCACGGCCGCCACCCACAAGGAGCAGCAGAAGCUGUGCCUGGCAGCGGAAGGCUUCGGCAACAGACUGUGCUUCCUGGAGCCGACGUCCAACUCCAAGAAUGUGCCCCCAGACCUGUCCGUCUGCACCUUCGUGCUGGAGCAGUCGCUGUCGGUGCGCGCCCUGCAGGAGAUGCUGGCCUGCACGGUGGAGAAGUCGGAAGGGCAAGUUGACGUGGAAAAAUGGAAGUUCAUGAUGAAGACGGCUCAAGGCGGUGGCCACCGGACGCUGCUCUACGGGCAUGCCAUCCUGCUGCGCCACUCCUACAGCGGCAUGUAUCUGUGCUGCCUGUCCACCUCCCGGUCUUCAACCGACAAGCUGGCUUUUGACGUGGGCUUGCAGGAGGACACCACAGGUGAGGCGUGCUGGUGGACCAUACAUCCCGCCUCCAAGCAGAGAUCCGAGGGGGAGAAAGUGCGAGUGGGGGAUGACCUCAUCCUCGUCAGCGUGUCCUCCGAGAGGUACUUGCACCUGUCCUACGGCGAGGGCAGCCUGCAUGUGGACGCCGCCUUCCAGCAGACCCUCUGGAGCGUGGCUCCCAUCAGCUCAGGGAGUGAAGCAGCCCAAGGGUACCUGAUCGGUGGCGACGUCCUCAGGCUGCUGCACGGGCACAUGGAUGAGUGCCUCACCGUCCCCUCCGGAGAGCACACCGGGGAGCAGCGCAGAACUGUCCACUAUGAAGGCGGAGCUGUGUCGGCGCACGCGCGUUCCCUGUGGAGACUUGAGACGCUCCGAGUCGCGUGGAGUGGAAGCCACAUCCGAUGGGGCCAGCCCUUCCGGCUGCGGCAUGUCACCACAGGGAAGUACUUGAGCCUCUUGGAAGACAGGAACCUUCUGCUGGUGGACAAGGAGAAAGCUGAUGUGAAGUCGACAGCGUUCUCCUUCCGCUCGUCCAAGGAAAAGCUGGACGUGGGGGUGAGGAAGGAGGUGGACGGCAUGGGGGCGUCCGAGAUCAAGUACGGGGACUCGGUGUGCUUCAUCCAGCACGUGGACUCGGGCCUGUGGCUCACCUACCAGGCCGUGGACAUGAAGUCGGCCAGGAGGGGCUCCGUGCAGCGGAAGGCUAUCAUGCACCACGAGGGCCACAUGGACGACGGCUUAAACCUGUCGCGGUCUCAGCACGAGGAGUCCCGCACGGCCCGAGUCAUCCGGAGCACAGUCUUCCUCUUCAACAGGUUCAUCAGGUGCGUCUGCGUGGCCGGGCGUGCACGACUUCGCUUCUGUUUCCUCGCAGGCCCACGGACCUAGUCUGCCCUGCUGUGGGUGCCCCUCGCACGGUCUGGCGGUCAGCAGAAUCCCGGAGUGCUGGCUAGA